AUGAGUGGAAGAUUUCAGAAUACUGGACAUGGUUCCAAUGGAAGAAAUGCUGGACAAAACAGAUCACAGCAAGGCCAAGGCAAUGGUCAAUACAAUGGAAAGAAGACUGGCAAUGGUAGCCAGAAAGAGAAGAAGUUUCAUCCUCUGGUUAGAGGAAACAUUCUCGAAUUUAGCUUUGAUGAAGUAAAGAAGACAUUGGUAAUCAAAAUUGUGAAGCUGACAUUGGUAUUGGUAACUGAUGACAACAAUCCUGAUAAGGAGAUAAAGCAUGAAGAAAGAAGAACUAAUUAUUUGGCUGAUCAAAAGGAUUGGAAGACCAGAAAGAAGGUGUUUGAUAACAAUAAACGCAACAUCUAUGGAAUGAUUUUGAAGAUGUGCACCGAUCACAUGGUGGACAAGCUUGAACAAGAAGCUGACUUUGACAACAAACUGUUCAAUGAUCCUGUGGAGUUAUUGAUGCGGAUCAAGAAUUUUAUGACGACUACUGUUGAUACAGAAUGGGAAUAUUUUGGUCUGUUGAAGACCAUGAGCAAUCUGAUUAAUUGCCAUCAAAAGGAGAAGGAAAACAUUGCAAGUUUUUUGUAA